UGUCAUCAAAAAAUUUAAUUGAGUCAGCCGUGAGCCGGCACAAAAUAUAAUUAAUGGCAUAUCGUAAAGUAAUAAAUUAUAUAUACUUUUGUUUGUGCUACAAUUAAUUAAAAAUUGACGGAUACUGGGUAGUAAGUUGUAUUAAUGAGAGAUUGAGUGCUGAGUUCAAAGUCAUGCCACAAGCUCGUCGCAAAACUCCCUUCAGUGGGAAAGCAAAAAAACAGCAGAUCCAGAACAAAAAGCAGAAUAAAACACUGCUACUGUCAUCGUCAGCAAACACAGAAAAUUAUGAUGUAUUGGCAGUCAACUAUCAACCGAACCGAGCUCAGGGCCGCGGUGAAUCUAACCGCUACGCCCUCAAGUUCUACAGGGAAAGUGAUGCUGAAGUGAAAAUUAAAAAGGAGGAAGCAUUGAAAGAGAUCAUUCCCGUGAGCCUCAAACAGAUGGAGAUAGAUCCGACCGAUUUCUUCCCUUCGGAGCUCUCGUUUCCCAAACGACCGCCGUGGGACUUCGACAUGACUCCCGCCCAUCUCGACGCCCAGGAGCAGAGGUACUUCAGAGAAUACGUAAGCGGCAUCCAGUCGUCUCCCCUCUGGAAGGAAAUGUCUUACUUCGAGCUGAACCUGGAGACUUGGCGGCAGCUGUGGCGCGUCUUGGAGAUGUGCGACGUUCUCUUGCUCAUCGUCGACGUCAGAUUUGCGGGCAUGAUGUUUCCGCCGUCUCUAUACGAAUUCAUAGUGAAGGAAGAGAAGAAGGAUAUGAUCCUGGUCCUGAACAAAAUAGAUUUGGUGCCUCCGGUGGUGGUGGCCGCCUGGAAGCGUUUCCUCACCGCCGCUUAUCCCGGAUUACGAGUCGUCUAUUUCACUUCGUGUCCCGGGUACAACCUCGUCGGAGCCAGCGCGGAUAAAGCAGGUCUCCUGGUGCGCAGACGCAAAGGGCGGCAACGCAUGUGCGCAGAGGGCGCCACGCAGAUUUUGGAGGCUUGCAAGGAUAUCGUCCAGGGAGCGGUGGAUCUCUCCUCUUGGGAAAAGAAGAUAAAGGAAGAGACCGAUUUAGAGUUCGAAGAGGACGAGACCGAAGUCGGCGAGAGCAUCGUGCAGAAGGCGGACGCGUCGUUCUUCCGGCACGAGAGGUUCAAGGGCGGGGUGCUGACGCUGGGCUGCGUGGGCCAGCCCAACGUGGGCAAGUCCUCCCUCAUGAACGCCAUCAUGGGCAAGAAGGUCGUCAGCGUGUCGCGCACUCCGGGUCACACCAAACACUUCCAGACCAUCUUCCUCACGCCGCAGAUCCGUCUGUGCGACUGUCCCGGCCUAGUGUUCCCGUCGAAGGUUCCCCGGUCCAUACAAAUCCUGAUGGGCUCGUAUCCCAUCGCCCAGCUGCGGGAGCCUUACACCACUAUCAGAUACCUCGCCGAGCGGCUGGAUCUGCCUCGUCUGCUGCGCAUCGAGCACCCGGAGAACGACGACUCCUGGUCCCCGAGAGACGUCUGCGACGGAUGGGCCAAGAAGAGAGGCUACCUCACCGCCAAGGCUGCCAGACUGGACACGUACCGAGCGGCCAACGCCCUCCUCCGAAUGGCCUUGGACGGGAAGAUAUGUCUCUGGCUGCCGCCUCCCGGCUUCACCGACGAUAGAGAAAAGUUAGAGAGCUGCGAAGAAAUGAAAUACAUAAAGUGGGUCCAAGCGUUGAGCGGCGACGUUGUCGCGGAGUCCUUGUCGGACAGCGAAACGGAGAAGCAGAGCGAGAGCGGCGGCGAGGAGGAGAGCGAGAGUGAGUCGGGGGAGGAGACCACGAGUAUCGCCAAUAAGUUCGCGGCUCUGGCCAACGAGUGAUUUCAAUUACGAAAACGAUUUUUAAAGUCGGUAAAGUAAAAAUGAGCUCCUCAAUUGAAAUUGUAAUUGUGAUAUUGUUUCACCGACAUUAAAUGUGAAGUGAGUUUGUAUGUUUUAUAUUAAUUACGAUGCGAUGAUAUUGAAUAAACCUUUUAUACUAUUUGUAAUAUUAUAAACACGAAUUAUUUUAAGUCAGUAACUGAAGUGAUUUGUUUUGAAAUGUCAUACAUUUGAAGCUACUUUUUAAAAUUGUUUAAGACUGCUUUCUUUGCUUACUGUAUCCUUUCGCCACUUACACGUAAAAUAUUUCACAAUUUUUAUAUUAAAUGCAGCUAAUUAUUGAAA